CAGAAAACUUCCCAAGCAAAAGUGAUGGAGGCCGCGGCGUCCGUUAGUGCAGUUGCCAGAGAAGAAAAUCCAAAUGCAGGGCCCAAUUUCGCUAGCCGUCCACUUCACGAAAACUAUGACCCCGCUGUCGAACACGAGAAUUGGGUGUCCAGGGAUCCCGAACUCGAGCCCAGUGAUGGGGGUGCAUCAUCGGACAACAAGUGUCAGCGAAGGGUCGAUGAAGAGUUGACGACGCUUAGCCCUGAAGAGAUUGAGAGUCGCUUGGACAGAACUCGUCGAGAGUUUUACAAUCGCCGGAAAAUCAUAAUUAAAAACCUGCCAUCCGAUGUUAGCAAUCAGGAGGUUCAUGAGCUGUUGCGCAACUAUGAUUUGAAGUACUGCUUUGUGGACAAAUACAAGGGAACAGCUUUCAUCACACUGCUCCAUGGGGAGCAGGCACAAUGUGCCAUCAAAGAGUUCCACCAGCACAUGCUGCGGGAGAGGGAGAUCUCUGUGCAGCUGCAGCCCACCGACGCGCUGCUGUGCAUCGCCAACCUGCCCCACGCUUUCUCCCAGCAGCAGUUUGAGGAGCUGGUGAGACCCUUCGGCAACCUAGAGCGCUGCUUCCUGGUCCACAGCGCCUCCACUGGCCACUCCAAGGGUUACGGCUUUGUGGAGUACAUGAAGAAGGACUCUGCUGCUAGGGCUAAGUCUGAGCUGCUGGGUAAGCAGCUGGGCUCAAGGAUGCUGUACGUCCACUGGACUGAGGUGGGCUCACUCACCUACCUCCUGCUGCACUCCAGGUGUCUCUGUGUGGACCGUCUGCCCCCCAGCCUGCUGACCGCCCAGGACCUCAGCAAUGCCCUGGCCGAAACGCACGCACCCAUCUUCUGCCAGUUGGCUCAGGGCCAGGAUGACAGUUUCCGGCGGUUUGCCGUGUUGGAGUUCUCCUCGGCAGAGAUGGCUGAGCAGGUGCAGAGAGAGGCUGACGGCAGGGCGCUAGGUGGGACCCACAUCCGGGUCUCCUUCUGUGCCCCUGGACCCCCGGGACGGAGCAUGCUGGCUGCCCUCAUCGCUGCCCAGACCAUGGCCCUGAACCGUGGGAAAGGUCUCCUCCCUGAGCCCACAGCCAUGCAGAUCCUCACAGGCCUCAGUAACCCUGCCACCCUCAAGAUGCUGCUCAACCCCCUCACCCAGGGCAGGAAACAAGGUCUCCUUGGUGCUGCUCCCACCAUGCCGCUGCUGGCUAACCACGCCCUCUCUGCUGCUCUGCUCCAGCUCCUCCUCCAGAACCAGGCCCAAGUUCAACAGCAAGCCUUUUUGGGAAAUCAUCUUCUCUGGGCUCAGGUGCUGCACAAUAAAGAGAAUCGACUACUUCCCUGUGCAGGACUGAUUGGGGACACCCUUCUGGCUGCUAUGCCUCUCCAGCAGGGAGUCCAUCUGCUGGGAGACCUGCCUCAAGGCGCUGUGGUUCCAUCCCUGGGCCUCCAGUCAGACCUUAUGGGACCCCUAAACCCCCACUCUAUGGGUCGACCCCCGGGCAGAGAGUCUCCUACCAGCUUCUCCCAGAACCCCUCCCCCACUCUCCAGGGCAUGUCCAUCUCCCACCUGGGUGGAGUGAUGGGGGCAGAGGGGCCUACAGCACCUGGGUUGUCCAUACUAGGACACCCUCCCAACGAUGUGAAUCUUCCCCAGAACCCCUUCAAUGUCCACAGCCUGUUCCCAUCAGGCGCCAACUGCAGGCCCCACCCUUACAGGAAGAGACCAGCGCUAGGCAACUCCUCCAACCAGCGCACACAGCACAUCCACUGUAACUACAGGCUGCGCUACCAGGAGUCCUACACCCCAGACUACCCCCCAAUACACCAGGAUCCUCUGGGCCAUCUGUAUGAACAGCAGGAGGCUCUGGACACUGGAGCUCUGGCAGGGUUCGGACAGCAGCGGUUUGGCCACCCCGGCUACAGUGAGCAGGCCGCCUCCCACUAUAGUUACCCCCCCAGCCCGCCCUCGUCUUCCUACUACAGCUCGGUGGCACCCGCCCCCCGGCAGCCUCCCCUCCAGCCAUCUCAACAAGGUAGGCCCACACUGAUGCCCACCCCCAAUGCUGCUUAG